CUCUAUAGCAUCAGUGGUCACCAUGGAGACUAAUGUGUCCAGCAAAGAAUGAAAGCUGCAAAGUCUUGCUUGCUUGCUGUUCAUUUCUUUUGUUGACCAAUGAAAGCUUGGAGCUUUGAGAAAUAAUACAGAGAGAAUGAAGUAUUGGUCUCAAGAUUAAGUUCUUACUUAUAAUGCCCUGCUCUUGAAUGAAUGUGAAUAUUCUGCUGUGAAUUGCCCUGCAGUAGGAGAAAUAAUACUGAAUUAAUUUCAGAUAUAGUGGUCCUAUAGAAGUGGUGAAAAUCCAAAAUCAUUUGAAGAUGGAAUUAGGGCCUCCAGAUGUGAUGGAACGCAAAGGAGCGUUGACCUUGCGCUCCAAUUCAGCAUAUUAUGGGAGACCCACUCUUGUGUAUGGCUGGUUCCAGAACAGGGAGGCUGAACCUAAGGAUUAUGAUAUAAAUGAAAUUAGUUUGGGUUCUAAGAACUUAUGUCAGUCUACUUACUGGAGAUUUGGAACCAUGGAUCAAAAAUGGAUAACAACAUAUCAAGAUCAUCUGUCAUCUCCCUGUAGCAAAAAAGAAUAUAAAGAACUAGAGAUUUGGAGACCUUUGCUGGAUGAAGAUGGCUUUCACACAAUUGUUGUUGACAGGGAUACAGGGCUACCUGAAACAGGUUUUGGUGCUGUGUUACCACGUCACCCACCUGAGAAGUUUAAAAUGUUUAUGGAUACAACAUACCGAAUAGACUAUGUUCCACCAUAUGACUAUAUGCCAUAUGUUGCACCUGAUACGAGCGGGUACUCUGUAGUACAUAGGAAAUGUCAUUCCCAAUUUACUGACACAGCAGAUUACAGGAGACAUGGAAUCAACACAUGGCAGGAUGAAAGUGGAGUUUAUGCUAAUGCAGAUCUAAAGCAGAAAGUAUUUCCUGCAACUAAUCCUAUACCAAUAAAUGUGGAAGAAACUGGUUCUUAAGCAUUAGUAGUGAUGCUACAAAUUAAAGGGUAUUCAU